GCGGAGAGGGGGCAGCGGGCGAUGGCGGCGGUGGGUCGGCUGGGCUGGGUGCUCGCUGCACUCUGCCUAGGGAACGCCGCGGGGCAGGCGGUGCUGGGGCCACGAGUGCUGGGCUUGUGCCUGGAGGAGGACGGAGCAGAGGGCGCUGGGUUGCUCACGUCGGAGGCCACUUUGUGCCUGCGCCUCUUCAGCUCGGGCUUCGCCAACAGCUCCUGGACUUGGGUGGCCCCCGAGGGCGCAGGAUGCCCCAAGGGAGGGCGGGCCGCGGCGCCCACGGGCGAGUGGCGCGCGCUGCUGUGCUUGGAGCCGGGAGGCGCGGCUGCAGCGGCGGAGGAGGCGGUGCCGCCCUGGGCGCUGGGCCUGGGCCGCCUGGCCGUGCUGCUCACGCUGCCCGUGGCGCUACCCGUGGGGCAGCUCCUGGAGCUGGCGGCGCGGCCCGGGCGGCUGCGCGAGCGCGUGCUGGAGCUGGCGCGCGGCGGCGGCGACCCCUACGGCGACCUGAGCAAGGGCGUGCUGCGCUACCGCACCGUGGAGGACGUGCUCACGCCGCUCGAGGACUGCUUCAUGCUGGACGCCAGCGCCGUGCUGGACUUCGGGGUCCUGGCCAGCAUCAUGCAGAGCGGCUACACGCGCAUCCCGGUGUACGAGGAGGAGCGCUCCAAUAUCGUGGACAUGCUCUACCUCAAAGACUUGGCCUUCGUGGACCCCGAGGACUGCACGCCGCUCAGCACCAUCACACGCUUCUACAAUCACCCUCUCCACUUCGUCUUCAACGACACCAAGCUGGACGCAGUCCUAGAGGAGUUCAAACGAGGGAAGUCGCACCUGGCCAUCGUGCAGAAGGUGAACAACGAGGGCGAGGGUGACCCCUUCUACGAGGUGCUGGGCCUGGUCACCCUGGAGGACGUCAUUGAGGAGAUCAUCAAGUCCGAGAUCCUGGAUGAGUCUGAAGACUACCGAGACGCCACAAUAAGGAAGAAGGCCGUGUCCCUGACUGUCCCUCCCAAGCGCAAGGAGGAGUUCUCCCUGUUCAAGGUGUCCGACGAAGAAUACAAAGUAAAAAUUUCGCCGCAGCUGCUCCUGGCCACUCAGCGCUUCCUGUCUCGAGAGGUGGAUGUGUUCAGCCCGGUGCGCGUCUCCGAGAAGGUCCUGCUGCACCUGCUAAAGCACCCAAGUGUCAACCAGGAGGUGAAGUUUGACGAGAGCAACCGCCUGGCCGCACACCACUAUCUGUACCAGCGCAGCCAGCCGGUGGACUACUUCAUCCUCAUCUUGCAGGGCAGGGUUGAGGUAGAGAUCGGGAAGGAGGGCCUGAAGUUUGAGAAUGGGGCCUUCACCUACUACGGCGUGUCUGCCCUGACGGCGCCAUCCUCGGUUCCCCAGUCCCCGGCAUCCUCACGCCAGCCUGCCCGCCAGGACCUGCCAGCCGAGCCUGCCGACAGCACCCGCUCCUCCACAUACUGUCCAGACUACACCGUGAGGGCCCUCUCAGACCUGCAGCUGGUGAAGGUCACACGGUUGCAGUACCUCAAUGCACUCCUGGCUUCCCGGGCCCAAAGCCUGCCACCGUCUCCUGAGAACACUGACCUCCAGGUACUUCCAGGCAGCCAGACCAAGCUGCUUGGUGAUAAGGCAGCUGUGGCAGCAGUGUCCAAUCCCAGCAGGCCCAGUGUCCCAGUGGAGGAUAGCCCUGGGCGGAACCCAGGGCUUUAACUGCUUGUCAGACGCCCGAGCUGGAACGGACAAGCUCAAGGGGAUCUGGAGGGGGCCAAGCAGUAGCUUCAUACCACCCUGUCCCCGCCCUCCGGGCCAUGUUUUAGAUGGUCCAUGCAGGUGGGGCCUGGGCCACCUCAGUGCCAGGAGCCUCUCGGGAGCUGUUGGGGAGAGGGGUUGCCGGGCCCAGCCCUCCAGGCCAAUCUGGAAGGAGCAACAGAAACAGCAUCAUCUCUGGUCCCCAGGGCCCAGCCCCUGCUCUUCUGCUGCUGUGACCGCAGUGUAUUUAUACCUCUGUGUGCCGGGCUCCGUGUGUGUGCAGUCGCUGUCUCCCACGGCCGCCACUCAUGCCUGGCUCCGAGUCAGCCAAGCCCUGCUGCUGGCAGCACCUUCCCAGCCCACGGAGAGAACCGUGUUGGCCCCGCAUCCAGGCCACAGCCUUGUCCACAGUGUCCUCUCUCACUCCCCUCACAGUACCCUGUGCCAAAGCCAGAAGUACAGUUUCCACCAAUCGGUCCCUGAUCCUGCACCCUCCUGCCGCAGCAGGCCGCCCCAGUGUCUUGGGAGCCCUGAGCAGCAAGGGCAGUCUGCCUUGCAGGGCUUGGUCGCCACCCAGCACUGUCAGCCUUGUGUGCUGAGAGGUCUCCCAUGGGAGGAGGGCUCCUCCUGGCUGCAUCUGUCAGGCUGUCCCUGAGGCAGUCGCCUGUGGUGCCUCUUCUGUCCCCUCCCCCAUGGUCUGCAGAGGAGGCGCAGCUGGGCUGUGCCCAAGUACCUGCACACCUGUCCUUUGAUUAAGAAAAACCAAGGUUUUUCUUAGCUCUCCAAAACAGUUGCUGUUUGUCCUGCCCUCUUCCUACCAGUGCUGUUUUAUUAGAGAUGUGGGAAUGAGGAGGCAUUAGUCUUGUUUUUCUAAUUUGCCUAUGUUUCCUCUCAAAGUUCAGUUCAAAAUCUGGGCAUCACAGAGACGAGAGUCACAGGUGGAGAGGGAGGGAUGAGGAUUUCUGGAGCCUUUCUCUCUGGAAUUUGGGUCCUCCUAGAGGGGACCAAAGGAAACUUCUCCAGGAAUGGCUCUAGAACCAUCCCGGGGGGCAGGGAACUCUCCCAUCUUCUCUAUCCAGAGCAGUGGUUCUGAACCUUGGUUACACCUUGGUGUCACCUAGAACAAGGGGGUACCUGGGCCCACUCCUGGAACGUGGCAAUUCUGGGCCCAGAGCUUAAUUUUUUAAAUAGUGGUAGAUUCUCAGAAGAGUUCUGUAUCCCCUUCCCCCAGCUUCCCCAGAUGGUAACAUCUUACAUAACCGUGGUACAUUUAUCAGAACUAAAAAUGUAAUGUCGUGCAAUACUCCUAACUACAGACUUUAUUUGGGCCUUUCCAUUUGUUUCUAGUACCACCCUUUUCUGUUACAGGAUCCAAUCUAAAAAAUACCAAGUUGCACUUCCAGCUAUUUUUUUUUUCCUUUUUUUUGUUUGAAAUUAUGACAGAUUCAUAGGAAGUUGCAGGGCUAGAGGCCGCCUAGCCCCUUUAGCCAGUCCACCUCAACGGUCCCAUCUUAGGCAGUGCCACUACUGUCACAGCCUGGACUUAGCAUGGCAGGUUGUGGCCAGGGAGUUCCGCUUCAGUUGGCACACAUGUACUUUUGUCACUGCUGCCACUGUCCCUUAUGACCUGUCUCGUUUCUGUCACCAUGAGGCUGUCCCCUGGCCUGUCCUGUUGGAGCCACCCCCAGCCCUAACCCCUGCAACCACUAUGUUCGUCAUCUCUGUUAUAUUGUCAUGUUUGAGAAAGUUGUUGUAUAAAUGGAAUCACACAGUGAAACCAUUUGAGAUUGCCUUUUACUCUGUUCUCUGGAGCACAUCCAGGUCAUCGUGCAUGGCAGUGGCUCGUCCCUUGCUAUUGCCACACGGUCUCUCGUGGAAUAGUCAUUGUCCCCUCCAGGGAGAUCACUGGUGUCCAGUGUGGGGCUGUUCCAAAUAAAGCUGCUGUAAACGUCCACUGGAGGUGUGUGUGGAAGGAGGGGCGGGCUUUCUCCAGGACAAACUCCAGGCGUGCCGUGCUGGGUGCUGUGGUUGACCUGUGUUCUGGUAACGAGCCGCCGUGCUCUGGCACGCCUGCGCCAUCUUUCAUUCUUACCUGUACUGCAGGGUGAUCAGUCUCCAGGUCCUCGUGGCCACUCGGUGCCGCCACUGCUAUGUGCUUGCAUUGUCUGAUAGGUGUGUGGGGUCCUGCUUAGAGCUUCCCUUUUCCCUUUGGUGUAUGUGUCCAUGUUCUUUACCUAUUUGCUAAUUAUUUGACCAUUGAUUGGUUGGUUGAUUGGAGACAGUCUCACUGCAGCCCUGGCUGGCCCUGAGCUCACAGUCAUCCAUCAGCCUCCCAAGUGCUGGUGUCACAGGCGUCUGCCAACACUGGGCUUGUUUUGUUUUGAACUAAUUUGAUAAUUCCUGCUAUAUUCUAAAUACUAGAGUCUGUUUUUUGGCAUGCAGACAUUUUACCAUGGUCUGUAGUGUGAGGGUUGCCAUCUGAAAUGCCCUUGGAGACUCCUAAAGCUUGGUCCCUGUCCUGAGGCACUAUUGACAGAGGAGGGAGGUUAGGCCAGGGACUGUCCUGGGGGGCGACACUGGGACCUCCAUACCUUGUACUUCUGCUGUGACAUGUGUGGCCCAGAGUGACGGCCACACGGACACGGCUCCGGCCUGUGGAACAUGAGCCCAGAUGAAGCUUUCCUCUGAGCAGGCGAUGGCGGGCGCUGUCAUGGGCAGAAGCUGACGCUGACGGGCACAUUCAUCCUCCCCACAGGGGCUUUUA